AUGCAUUCGACUGCUGUAUCCAUCAUUUACCUCACUCUGGUCUUUGGAAUGACGAUGGCGCAUCUUCAUCCAACACGUGGAUUAACAACCUCUCUUUCGGACUACAGAAGACCAAUAUGUAGCCCCGAUCAAACAUGUUCAUAUGAAGCAAUGGGCUUAACGUUUAGUCUAUGCGAUUGUCCUCAACAAGAUUCAUGUCAUGAGAAGCAUAGCUUUAAGCAUCAGAACACCGUAUACAGUUUUUGCCAACAAUAUCUUCCACCUGUAUGCUGGGAGAAUGAUAUAUCAGUUGUUGUUUCUGGAAUUCAGACAUCAAUUCGAUGCAUUUGUCCAGAAGACUAUACGGUCAAGAAAGACAAAUCAUUGAAAAACGGAGAUGUGCAGUUCAGAUGUGUUUCUACUAUGGUCUAA